CCAAGGACAGCAUCACACUAUGAUUUACCAAUUUCUUUUCCUCUUUUAUUGUUAACAUACCUAGGUUCCUGCCUGGAGGAUUUGGUGAUCCCCUGCUACUAGACACGGAAGCCUGUUAAGCGAAAGCUUCUUCUAUUCCGUCCACAACCAUUUGAACUAUUUGAACACAUAUUGCCGCUCUAAUUGAAAGUGGGCUCUGUGUCCGGCCGUAUGCAUUAUCUUAUUGGCCAUAGCUUUUUGACCGAAGAUUAUAGUAGUGUUAUAACAUCCUUUUAAGUAAUCCUACACUACGUUGGAGUUUCGGCUCGGAUUUUUAUUUGGAUAAUAUUAUCAGAUUUAAUCGUUCUCAUAACGUCGUUGGUUCCACCACGUGCAGAGGAACCUUCGGUAAUCAAGUAACCUCGUUUGAGGGUGUCAUCUCAGAAGCAGUUUACAAGUAACACUCGUUUCAUAACAACUAUUGUCAUUUUCUUAUUUAAUAUACCAUUUUUAUUGUAAGUUUUAUUUGUUACCUUUCUGCUUAGCUCAUAGAUAGACACUUAUUUUUGUUGAGUUAACCCUUUUUGGCAUAUCAUUGGUAACUGUGAGCAUUGUUGUAUACAGAGUAGGCCACGCGUGUACAGUUACUGCUAGGGAAGCCCUACUAACUGUCUUCUUGCGGCGAUGGUGUUUUUUCACGAAAUUGAGAGGAUAAAAGGCGAAUAUCCAUCUCCCUAACCGGGUUGGUGGACACGGAGAGUAGACACUGGAGCCGAAGUUAGUGUUCUUCCAGUUACCUAAGCCAAGAGAUCUAUUGCCAAUUGUGAAAAAUACUCAUUGAGAGCAGCUAAUAAAAGUGAAAUAAAGACAUUUGGAGAACAACUGAUAUUAAACUUGGGAAUUAGACGUCGUCUAAGCUAAGGGUUUAUUAUCACCGAUGUCCGUCACCCUAUGUUAGUCACAGACUUCCUAAGCCCCUAAAACUUACUAGUUGAUGUUAAAAAACGAAAACUUGUCGAUUCUUGUACGAAAUUUCAAGUUCUGGGAGUUCAGUCGGACUAACACAUACAUAGUAUUAAAAUCAACACCCUAAUAAACAAUAUUUUAUCCAAAUUUCCCAAAAUAACGAAACCAGACUACAGUGAAAAUACCAUCCAACAUUCGGUAGCAUAUCGAAUCAUUACACACAUACGUACCAUCUUACCUACAUACUCAGGACCACAUUCAUGAUUGACAAUAACUGGAAUAAUUAGAAUAAUUUAUUUGUUCAAAAGUUAUGAUAAACUACGCGGGGAUUAUAAUAGAGAGACUGCUACAGCAUCUUUAUUUAAUAUCUUUCCUUUCGUGUAAAACUGUUAACCGAAGUCGCAGUGACUCAUUGUUCUAUUUUGUAUAGACUCAAUAUAAUUUUAUAGACGAAUAUGCACUCGGAAAGUGAUCUUGCUCAUGUCCUGUUUCGCAGGCUAUUUCGAGGCACAAGUUUGUUCCAAAAAUUUAAAUGUUUUGAUGUAAGAUUUGACAUCCAGAAUAUUAGAGUUAGUAUUAGGAAAGCUAUUAUUGGUUUAGACACUGAGCAUGUACUACUAGUGAUACUAGUAUCUUGUAUUACUUUUGUCUGAGUAUCAGAUACAUUAUUCUAUAAGUUCGAGUACAUUAGUAAAGCCACAUAUUCAAAGCAUUCGCAUGCGGACGUUACGCAGUAACAUACUUGAGUUAUUUUCUGUCUACACAUAACCUGUUUUCAUUCAAAACCACUAUAGAUGCAAGAAAAGCUUAACCGGAUCAUGCAUUGCUUAUAGCUAUUAGGGAUUUCAUUUACCUUUAAGUUAUCAAAUAAGUAUAUAUUUCAAAAAUCUCUUUAAAUUCAACGUUUUCAGAAUGUCACAACUACGUUCGUCAACAUCUUCAAUACCUUCUGACCUUCGGGUUGAUUUAAGUGAAAUAGUGGAAGAUCUACUAGCCUUUCACUAUGAUGAUAUCUGCUCUUCGUUGUCGGAUAACUCUGGUUUCUCUGGUCCUAAUAGUUCUACUAGCACAUUGGCAACCAGUGGAUCUAAUACUGCUGAUCUGGUUCGUCGAAUUAGCCGAAUGCGUUCGAAUAUACAACGUGCUCAAGAAGCAGCCCGCAAACUUAGUACCUGUGAUCUGGAUGUCCCUGCUCAAGAAAAGCUACUGCUUGCUGUUGCGAAUUCUUGUGUUACCAAACGCCACUUAACAUGUUUGUUAAAAACAGAGCUUGACAAGCUAUCUGCUAAGGACUCUGACUGUUACUUUGAGUAGUUCAUUUUUCUAAUUCACUUUUUGCUCAUAUUUACUGUAUCAUCUCUUUCAGAAUAGCAUUUUGAUAAAUGAUUUUUGAGAUAUUUAGUCCAUAUUCUUAGCGCAAUAUGUUUUCACUAAAAUGCUAGUUUCAAUAGCUUACUCGUUAAUUGUUGUAUAUUGUAAUCUCACCGAUACAUUUGCUAACUAUUAUUACAGAGGAUAGGACAAGUUCCAACUUCUCACCUAGAAAUAUGUCAAUAUGUGUAUUAUUUUAAACUUAAAACUACCUAAAAUGCGAAAACCCACGAAGUUUGUAAGUGAUGGAUAAAUUAGAUGAGGAUAAAUACUGAUUAUACGAUUAUGUUUGCCGUAAGUAGAUUUAAUGAACGAAAUUUAGAAGUAAAGUCUGAUUUUCUCUGCUGAACUGUAUAUGUGAUAAUAUGGUGCUUUCAAAUAGUGUUGUUUCCAUAAAAUAAAGAUGGUGGGAAAGAUUUGUAGCUCAGGCGGAUGAUUUUGAUGGAGUUUUGUUCUCUGAGAUGGAUGGUUUGGUCGUGGAGUUUUCAUCGUUCUUUUGAACGACAUCAGCACAAACUUCAGGUAGCUCUUAUUUUUGAUAAUAAAAUCAACAGGCAAAUAAAACAUUGCAAUAUGUUCUUAUGAAUUGCACUAAUGAAUAUGUCAGUUCUUGAAAUGAGUUCAUCAAGUCACUGAGUACAAUUUUUAGCGGUAGACAGGUGUUUGAUAUCGCCGAAAAAUUCGAUUUUGUGACUCAAUAUUAUAAGAUGUUGGAUAAAUCAACACAUCUUUUUAAUCUAACUUUACUGCUUAUGAGUAACUACUAUUUGAUUACCCAAUUUCCUUGAUCUAUUGCUUGUUUAGAAGCUAGCCUUUUCCUCACCAGUUAGUAAGUUAUUAUUCGUUCCGCCAUAUUGGAGUGAAUGUUUUUUUUACUGAAGCUGCUGUUUAUUAACUAUAUACCUACGUGUUCAGAUUUAUGAUUAUGCUUUCACAUCAAGAUAGUCUUCAGACUAAAGUUUAAAAGAAUUAACAUCUUUUAUCUCCUUUCAAAUUUUGAUCAUCUCAUUAUUCCGUAAUUUUGGUACGUUAUCUUGACUUGUUUUUUGUCUAUUUCUUGUUGACAUUCCCAAAAUGUAUUAAUGUAAAUUAUGGAGAAUUUGACCAAUACACAUUUGCGCCAGGUUUUAUAUUCUUUCUGUUGUUACUUUUUAUUAGUAGGAAAAUAAUGUUAAAUCCCAUCAUGUGAUUACAGCUUAACGUAGUACUACAUAUACCUACCAUUUUUUCUGCAAAAUCUAUUCAUCCUCAUACAUUUAUCUCCUGAACCCUGUGAUUACGUUCUCAGGUCGAUAAGUAUUUCUUUCCCUAUAUCUCGAAGAUUUCCCAUUUCCCAAUAUAUUCACAGAUCAACUGUAUAACAUUGUAAGAUUUAUCAUUGAAUUGAUGUGUCACAAAAAUGCGACAUACUAUCAAAAUCCUUAUCUGAUAUCGCAUCUUUCUUAAAAACUGCUACCAGAUACUUGGUGAUGAAAUCCCAUCCGAGUUAAUAAAAAUUUUUGAUUCUUUCACAUCAAUUGACAAAUGUUCAUUGAAUACAAGUGAAGAAAUGCAAACAACAUCUUCGGCGAUCAAAACGUUAACAUCAGAUGAAUUAAGUUGUCGACGUGAGAAAAUCAUUAAACUAUUUUCUUUAAAUCAUCUAAAUGAAGUAAGUGUAAAUGAUCGAGAGGAAGUAGUUAUUCAUAAUGUGGUAUUUAUUAAGCCGCCAUACAAUAUCGACUGUUGUUCUGGUAAAAAUAUGAUUAUAUUGGAUCGUGUUAAAAAUUUAAUCGGUAAAUUAGAAGAGGAUAGAAACAAUCCAGUCGAAUAAAGUACAAGAAUUAGCUCAGAAUGAUACUUUAUGUAUACCGUUCCUACACAAAUGCUUAAUUUCCAUAAAAUUUAUCGUUGCCUGUUUUUCUAAUAUUUCGUGGCAUUUCUCCUUAAUAUAUUUGUGUAAAUGCUCUUAAAUGAUUGUAUGUAUAACUGUACAGUUAAACAGUUUUCGUGCAUUUAAGGUUUUAUUUCCAAUAACUGUCUAAUAUUCCAACUUAAUUUGGUAUAUACAAAUGUGUUUACUGAAUUUCAUAAUUCAUUUAUCGUUAAGCAGCAUAGAACCCAUCACAUGUGUUCAUCGGUUCGAUUUGUCAUGCCACAUCACCAUUGCUAGAUGUAACCCUCAAGAUUAAUCCUAGAGCAAUAUAAUUAGUGACGGUAUAUCAGUAAUAGGCGGAGAGACUAGACGUUAAAAAAUGGGUUGAGAAAUAAUGAAUCCAUGGGAUUAAAACUACAAGAUAAUUCUGAAACGCAGGUACUCACUAUGACUACCAGAAACGCUCGAGUCCUGAACCAUAAGUUUUACAACCCUAUUUUCUAGUGAGCGGCACACACACCGAUAAAUACAACUAAUGUGGUGAUUCGGUAAAUGAAUGUGUUACUGGACUUAUAUAAAAUAAUGAUAAAGGUAAAAUUACAUAAAUGAAACGGCCAGGUUUCAGAAAUUGGAUCCAACCAAGCUAUGGAAUUAUUAAUUACGAAAAUAUUAAUGACUGCAAGGCUUUGCAUUUUAAAGCAGUAGACGUUUCCAGAAAAGUGAAUACGUUCUUCAAUCUAAAAACGAGCCAAUAAAACAAAUGCUAACAAAGAGCGGGGGACAAAUAUUGAAGCCGGCGUGGUCAGGUGUGAGUGAAGAAAAUGCUUAUCAGCCAGGGAAUACUAAAAUGGGAAUUAUGCAGUAGGACGAACACAACUGCACGUAAAUGUGAACAUUAACUUUGCCCUGGUGUUAUGACUGUGAUGGCAGAUUAGAGGGUAGCGAAUUAUUGAUCGGACCAAAGACGCGCAAACACGUAGAACGGCCUAGGGUUAUGAUUGGUCUCGCUUCCCUGUCUAGCCCAGCCAGUUGAGUCCAGAACACAAGUCUCAGCCUUGGAGAUAUAAAUCAUUAUAUUUCAAACACACUUUGUUUAUAUACCAGUCAAGCAGACCACAUCGUACCAUAAAAUAGAAAAUAACAUUGUACAAUAUUGGCCAACAGGAAAAUGACACGUUAAAUAAAUAUUGACCAGUAAGAUGAUACCAUUUCAUACCCAAGGAUAGCAUUAGGCUCAACAGGAUAAUUUUUGGGAUAUUUUCCUGAAUAUCCCAACACCUGGAUUAAUGUACAGGAAAGUCAAAUUAGAUAGGGAAAUUAUUAAUCAAAAAGAACUAAGAUGUUGAUGUCCUAUAAUGUGAACAUAGGAAGUUUCCUCAAUCUCAUAUACCAAAAUACAUUUCAACGUAUACACUGUCUUCAUUUAUUUGAACACAUAAAUAUUGGUACAAGAAGUCACCAGAGACAUAUGCGACACACAAUAAGAAUGAGAAGAGAAAAAGGAAAGCAAGGUGCGUAUAAGAAAAUAAAAGGAAAAGGACAAUAACGACCACAGAUUAGUGUAUGGUGGUUUAAUAAUAAUGAGGGAAACGGGAAUGUACAGCCUGAAAGUGUUCUUUCAGCUAAGGAAGAUACAACCACUUUAUUAAAAAAAAGUAAAAGAAGCUUACAGCAGGAUCGCCACUAGCAUAUAUUCUGAGCCAUAUCUGAUAACGUCUCUAGGCACCAUGUUGCACCAUCUCUCAGAACCCAACCAGGGAGUCGUGAAGGACCAACAGAAGCCAGUCCUUUGCAGCUUUCUUUCAUGCCACGACACCAUGUCAUGUACUGACCACCUCUCCGCUUUCUCCAACCAAUCCCACAGUCGGCAAAUAAUGCACGAUGUGGAAUUCUCUGGGACGACAUUCACAGAACAUGUCCAAGUCACCGAAGUCGAUGUUUCAAGAUGGUGACACCAAUUGAGUUAUCGUCUCUGUGCCUGAACACAUGGUGGCAAACCUCUGCAUUACUAACAUGGUGUUGUCACUAGAUGUCAGCAAUCCUUCGGAGACAGCGAUGAUCAAACACAGAGAGUCGUCUAACAUCCUCAACUCGGAGAGGUCAAGUUUCCCAAUCAUAGAGCAAAACUGCUCUCACCGACGCGUUGUAGAUCCGACCCUUUACAG